GGCAACACAAAGAAAGCCCCCGCAGCCAAACCCGACCCGUCUUCUUUCCCGACUGAACCACACAACUCAACAGAACGCAAGUCAAUUGGCGUUGGCACGAUUCAGAGAUUUGGUUCGCUGCCUGAAACCUAAUGGCUCCGAAGCCCAAACCGGCGCCGUCGCAGCCUGCUCCUCCUCCUGCCCUCGAAGAUCUCUUUACCACGCUCAACCGCCACAUCCAGGCUUCCGCAUACGACAAUGCCGUCAGGCUCACGGAUCAGAUUCUCGCCAUUGCUCCCGGCGACGAGGACGCGCUCCGAUGCAAGGUCGUCGCGCUGAUAAAAAAUGACCGCGUCGAGGACACACUCUCCGCCAUUCGGUCCUCUAAGAAGCAGCUCGAUGAUUUUCAUUUCCUCAAGGCAUACUGCUUAUACAGACAAAACAAGUUGGAUGAAGCUUUGGAGUCUUUGAAAAGACAAGAGAGCAAUGAUGAAACAAUGCUUUUGGAAUGUCAGAUAUUGUAUCGUCUUGGGAAAAUGGAUGCUUGCUUAGAUAUCUACCGCAAGCUCCAAAAUUCCAAGAUUGAUAACAUGGAAAUAAAUUCUGUUGCUGCUCUAGUUAUGUCUGGCAGGUCAUCUGAAGUUCAAGGAAUGCUGGAUUCACUUCGGGUUAAGGCAACAAGCAGCUUUGAAUUGGCAUACAACACUGCUUGUUCAUUAAUUGCAAGGAAUGAGUACACAGAUGCAGAACAACUCUUAUUGUCAGGCCGAAGAAUUGGUCAAGAGGUCCUGAUGGAAGAUAACUUGGCUGAUGAUGAGAUAGAAAUUGAAUUGUCUCCUAUAGCUGUACAAUUAGCCUAUGUUCAGCAGCUUCUUGGGCGUAAGCAAGAUGCUAUUGAAGCUUAUACAGAUGUGAUUAAACGAGAUAUGGCUGAUGAAUCAUCAAUUGCGGUGGCCGUGAACAAUCUUGUUUCACUGAAAGGUCCAAAAGAUGUUUCUGAUAGCCUAAGGAAACUUGAUCGAUUAAAAGACAAGGAGAAUCAAAGCUUUCGACUAGCUCCUGGACUAGACUUGAAACUUUCAGCAAAAGAAAAGGAAGCAAUAUAUGCAAAUAGGGUUCUUUUACUUCUUCAUGCCAAUAAGAAUGAGCAGGCACGAGAACUUGUUUCUGCAUUACCAGACAUGUUUCCAGAAAGUGUCAUACCAAUAUUUCUGCAAGCUGCCCUCUUGGUUAGAGAGAACAAAGCUGGAAGGGCUGAGGAAAUACUAGCACAGUUUGCUAGUAAGUUCCCUGAUAAGUCCAAAGUUGUUCACUUAGCCCGGGCUCAGGUAGCUGCUGCUGCUGGCCACCCACAUAUUGCGGCCGAUUCUCUGACUAAGAUAUCGGAUAUCCAACACAUGCCUGCUACUGUUGCCACCCUUGUGUCUUUAAAAGAACGAGCUGGUGACAUUGAUGGUGCAGCUGCUGUGCUUGACAAUGCAACUAAAUGGUGGUCCAAUGCUAUGACUGAGGACAAUAAGCUCAAUACUAUAACGCAAGAGGCUGCUUUGUUCAAGCUGAGGCAUGGGAAGGAAGAGGAAGCUGCUCAACUCUAUGAGCAGCUCGUCAAAAGCCAGGGUAGCAUAGAAGCACUAGUUGGGCUGGUAACAACAGUUGCCCGCAUGGAUGUUGCUAAGGCAGAGCUUUAUGAAAAGCAACUGAAUGCUCUACCUGGUUUAAAGGGAAUUGAUGUGGACAGCUUGGAGCGUACUUCUGGAGUGAAACAAGUUGAUGCUCCUCGUGUUAGUGUCGCUGAAACAUAUGAGGAAGGAAAGAAUAAAACAAAAUCUAAGAAAAAGAGAAAGAGAAAGCCAAGGUAUCCUAAAGGUUUUGACCCUGCAAAUCCAGGUCCUCCCCCAGAUCCAGAAAGGUGGCUUCCCAAGAGGGAGAGAUCAACAUAUAGGCCCAAGAGGAAGGACAAAAGAGCUGCUCAAGUGAGAGGGUCUCAAGGUGCUGUAGUUAGAGAUAAGCAUGAUACUGGUGCCUCAUCUAACAGUUCAAAUCUAAAAUCAAACCAGGGAACCUCCAAAGGAGCUGCGCAGAAUGCAGUUUCCGAGCAAACCAAGCCUUCAUCCAAGUCAAGAAAGAAAUCGAGGAAUUAAAUAGGAUCAUGGUUUUUGAUGAACUUUUUUAUUUGACAAUUUGUUAAUGCUGUUUUCAAUGACUAAGAUGAGGGUCCAUACAUACACUGUGGUCUGUGGGUUCUAAUUCAAAACCGUCAGUUUUGGUUCAAGGAAUGAGUAUAUCUGUUAGAUGCAAGCAUCAAUGUGCAAGUUUGUCGUGCGUAGUUUGUUUGAGUUUAUGGGAAUCAUUGAAAUAUCACCUUUCUGUUGCUGAACGCAUUAUUUUCUUUGAUUUGGCUGUGCUCUUUUCCAAUGCCUCCAGACCUCUAGUAUAUUGUGGGCGUAAACUUGCACUAUUCUCUAAUUAUAUAUUACAAUAAUGUAUCAAAGUUUGAAUACUUAAAGAUUGUAUAUUAUAAUACUUAUAGGAUGUCGCAUUGAUGGUUUGUCAAA